AGACCAAAGGUAAUAAACUUGUUCAUGUCUCUCGGUUUUCUCAACAAUAUUGAUCUUAAAAAUCGAUCUAUAUGUCAUCAAAAAGAUUGCUUUCUGGAAUAAUGGAGAAAAAUGAAGAAAAGGGUAUUAACAUGUCCCUCAUGGAUUUGCCUGAGGCCACUUUGGAUUGCAUUCUAAAAUGGCUGUCACCAAUUGAACUGUGUGUUAUGUCAAUGGUGUGUGCUUCUUUGAGGGAUAGGUGUGGAAGCAACCAUUUAUGGGAAAAACACAUGGAAUUCAAAUGGGGUAGAGUCAUUGGAGAAGUUGCUUACAAAGAGUGGCAAUGUCACAUUAGAAAAGCAAAGGAAGGAACACUCUUGGGUGAUUAUUUCACCAAUCUUAAUGGAUCUUUGGGAUCACUUAGUGGCACUUGGCCUGAUUUGUACCUUGGUUCUUACUUAGAAGAUUGUGGCAAUCUCAAUGGUCAAUUUUCAAACAAGUUCAUGAAGGCCAUGUAUUUCUCUUUAGAGACGGGAAGGUUCUGGUUCCCUGCUCAAUUCUACAAGGGAUUGACAAUUUACAAUGCCUUGUUUAGCUAUGAUUCCAAAUCUGAUAUCUUUCAAGCAAGGCAACAUAAUGGUGGUUGGAGGUUUCUAGGAAAAAAUAUUGGGUGGGAUAUGGUGAGAAUUCCUCCGAUUGAAACUCCUCCCUAUACUCUUCAUAUCACUGACUGUUUUUACGACUUAAAACCGGGUGAUCACAUUGAGAUUCAACGCAGAGGAAUUACAGAAACUCAUUAUGGUUGGAGGUAUGGUGUUAUUGGCCACAUGGAAUCAUGUAAUGGGAAUGAGAAUUAUUGCCAGUGUCAACACAAUGAGGAAUUGGUGGUGGAGUUCAAGCAAUACCCUGAAGCAUCAUACAUGAGAAAAGUAGUCCUAAACAGAAGGAAUUCAGGGGAACAAGGAAGCAGAGCCACUGGUUUCUUUGGUGGAAUUAGAAAGCUUCACAAUCACCAUGAUAUUUAUUUAUGGAAUAACCGCCUCACAGCACAAGCCCUCCAAAUGAUGGAGCCUAGACUACACUAUGCACCUCCAGUAGAAGCACAGUAUCCUGUCCAUGGCCAUCAGUAGAGAUUUUGAAGUGAAUUUCAGGUAGCAGUGUAAUAAUAUGCUUCUUAAUUUUCCUUUUUCCACUUCAAUUUCAAGUUCAAUUCCAUUUAAACAAGUAAAUUUGUACUUAUUGGAUGCAAAACUUUAAUUGGUCAUCAUACAUAGUUCAUAAUUUUGCUGCAUGCAAUGCUCCUUAUGAAGAUAAGUUGAUAACUAGUAUAGUCUUGGCUUGUAUACUUGAACCCUGCCUGGUUCGUGAUGAUGAUUUCCAUUUUCUAUUUUUGUUUUUGUUUAAAGGUAUUCAGAUUAUAUUAUUGCUUUGAGAAGGCAACUUGCCCUCUUAAUAAUAAUAAUAAUCAUAAUUUGUAUAAUCACUCUCACUAUCUAUAAUA